GUCACGUAUGUGCGACAGGAAUUAAUUUUUUUCUGGGGCAUGUCAAUGGAGGAGGACAGCCUGUUGUCCACUUAUAUGUCUGUUUGACAUUUACGCCCUAAAAAUAUAUACUAAGAUCACCAUGAUUGCACUUAAUAGAUUUCUUCGCAGAAAACAGUGUCUGUCACAGGUUGCCUUAGUCGCCGGUCAAAUGCAUGGCGCUCUAUCGUCUCAGACGGAGGGAGAAAUCAGAAUUGCGAAAAUACUUAAAGAAAAAUUUCCGCAGGCAGCCUCACUGAAGGUGCUUGACAUUUCAGGUGGAUGUGGCGCCAUGUAUGAAAUACACAUUGAAUCCGAGGAAUUCAAGGGCAAAAGAACAGUUCAGCAACAUCGGCUAGUGAACCAGGCACUUAAAGAUGAGAUCAAAACCAUGCAUGGCCUACGAAUAUUUACAGAUGUUCCCAAGAAUUAGAAGCAAGAAGUCUGAUGUCAUUAUCUAAUUACCCACAUGACCAUUAUCAGAAAACCUCAAAUGGAAGUUGAUGUAGCAUAACAAACUGCAUUUUGCAGACAGAACGCACAUAAAACUAAUAUGCAAAGGUGUGUAUUCCUCGGUAGUCGCAUCUGAAUUUAUACCAAUGUAUCUGGUGAAGAGGAAAAAAAAUGACAGGGAUGUAAAAAUCUUUGUGAAGGUAGUGUGUUUGUCUACUGUUGGCAGCACAUUUUCUUGCUGUUGUAAAUACUGCGCACAAAUGCAACUGGUGAGAUUUUUGUUGUGUAAAGUUUACUCUAUGAAGAGUGACCUUAAUUUUUGAUACGCACAAAGUAAAAAUGUCUUGCUAGUUAUGUCAUCUGUGAUUAAUGCAAGGAGGAGGUUGAUGGGUAGACCCUGUGAAUAACACACUGGCAUGCACAGACCUAUCUGGAUUUCACUUUUACUUUUGAACUUGGUACAUAAUUUUUUAAAGUGCAUUUGGUCUCACACACUUCACGCUUGAUGCACGCUGUACAAUGUGUGCAACCCUGUACUUGUACUUGUAUGAGCUGUAUCCGGUUGUAUUUGCAUACACAAAAAAAUUGAGGAGUGUUUGAGAUGUAUAGAUAACAGGUAAUGUGAUUAAAGCCAUCAACACAGAAGUGUAAUUCAUUCA